UUUAAAUUAUAACUGACAAAUUUUAAAUCACAAAUACAGUACAAUAAUACAGUAGAUUUAAUCUAAUGGAAUAUGUAAUCUGUUGUAGAAACGAACAAUUUAUUGCCAUAUAUGAAUAGGUUCUUGUAAAAAAGUACACGAAAUGAAUUUUUUAAAUCAGAGUUACUUAGCCCGGUAUGGUCGACUGGCUUUUUGGACUACACCAUGCUGCAAGGACAUUAAGUCAACAAAUUUGAAAAAUAGUAAAGAAAAUGGACUUCAACUCUGUAAAUGUAAUACACUAGGAAAGGUACACACCAAAUUAUGUACGGGAAAUCUAUGUUUAAUGUCUGGAUUGACUUUGUGGAUGCAAGUUCGUACUUGGGUCCAGUAUCAGAAAGAUUGUCCUCGACUCCAUCGAGAUGUAGAAUUUCCAAAUUUUGAUGCAUACAGGAAAGACGAUUACAUUGACGCCAGGAAAACAGGUUGGGGUUCGGGCGAUAGUAAACCAGGAUUUACAUAUGUCGUAGGUUUCUUUGGCUUUCUUUGUGGAACUUACGCAGUGAAGUCAGAAGUUUUUCAUUUUGUAUCAUAUAUGGCGGCAGCAGCAGAUGUACUGGCGUCAGCAAGUAUCGAAGUAGAUAUAUCAAAAGUGGCCCCAGGAGCGUGUGUGUCAUACAAGUGGAGGGGUAAGCCUCUAUUUAUCAAGCAUCGAACACAGGCUGAUAUUGAUUUCGAAGCCAAUACCCCUCUGUCUUCUCUACGGGAUCCAGAAACUCCUGAGCAACGCACAGUAAAUCCAGAAUGGCUUGUUGUCAUAGGCAUUUGUACACACUUAGGAUGUGUUCCUAUUCCAAAUUCAGGGGAUUGGGCUGGAGGAUUCUACUGCCCUUGCCACGGUAGUCAUUACGAUAAUGUGGGUAGGGCUCGAAAAGGCCCAGCACCCCUUAAUUUAGAAGUGCCACCUUAUAAAUUUAUGAGUAAUACCCUUAUAAUGGUAGGCUAAUAUUACAUUUUUGUUCUUAUACACAUUAUG